UUGGCGCGGGUCGUGCGGUGUUUGCGGUUGUGUGCAGGAUGUGAUGGAGAGACGAUGGAGGCCGAGUCGUGUUUCACGUCGACGUGAAUAAAAGUGAUCAGGUAAAUCCGCGCCGAGCGGCGGGUCCUGGACAGGUAACGUCACAGCCUCCACUGACAGGAUCCUCCACCCGGACCGCUGCUCGGUGCCGCCCGGACUGAUCUCACUCAGAAUCAGAACCGCUUUUACUGCCGAGAUCAUGUUGGCCAGGAAGGGCCUCCUGCCGGAUGGUUUCUUGCUAACCCGUCUGGCAGAGGACCAGAACCAACGGAACCGCAGCCGCUCCAGAUCUCAGAGAGCUCGCUUCAUCACCAAGACCGGCUCCUGCAACGUGGCUCACAAGAACAUCAGGGAGCAGGGUCGGUUCCUGCAGGAUGUCUUCACCACCAUGGUGGACCUGAAGUGGCAGCACUCCUUCCUCAUCUUCACCUCGGCCUUCCUCUGCUCCUGGAUGCUCUUCGCUAUGAUCUGGUGGCUUCUGGCCUUCGCUCAUGGAGACCUGGAGCCCCGCGACCCCAACGGCGAGCCGGGCCCCGUCCCAUGCGUCACUGCCAUCCACUCCUUCACCUCAGCCUUCCUCUUCUCUAUCGAAGUCCAGGUGACCAUCGGUUUUGGCGGUAGGAUGGUGACGGAGGAGUGUCCUCUGGCCAUCACGGUGUUGAUCAUCCAGAAUAUUCUAGGGCUGAUCAUCAACGCUGUGAUGCUGGGCUGCGUCUUCAUGAAGACGGCCCAGGCCAACCGCCGAGCAGAGACGCUCAUCUUCUCCAGAAACGCUGUCAUCGCUACACGAAACGGUCGUCCGACUUUCAUGUUCAGAGUCGGAGACCUGAGGAAGAGCAUGAUCAUCUCGGCCACCAUCCAGCUGCAGGUGAUCCGGCGGACGGUGACGGCGGAGGGCGAGGUGAUCCCGGUGUCCCAGCUGGACAUCCAGGUGGAGAACCCUCUGAGGAGUAACGGCAUCUUCCUGGUUUCUCCUCUGAUCAUCAGCCACACCAUGGAGAGAGGCAGUCCUCUGUACGAGCUCUCCGCCCAGUCGCUGUCCUCAGAGGACCUGGAGAUCAUCGUGGUCCUGGAAGGUGUGGUGGAGACGACAGGGAUCACCAUGCAGGCCCGGACCUCCUACACUCCUGACGAGAUCCUGUGGGGGAGGCGCUUCGUCUCCAUUAUGACGGAGGAGGACGGCCGGUACUGCGUCGACUACUCCAAGUUCGGCAACACGGUUCCCGUCAGGAUGUCGUCCCUCAGUGCCAAGGAGCUGGACCAGACCAGGGGCGUGCAGGAGGGCAGCUCUGACGCCCAGCUGCAGGGCUGGGGGCUGGUCCGAGCCGGCAGGGGAGGCUUUCGCAGAGGAGGCCGGACCUGCGAUAGCUCCGCCCCUCAGCCCUGGUACACCCAGUCAGAGAAACCGGAGACAGAGGUGGAGAAGAAAGGGCAGAAGAAGAAGGUGCAGCUGGAAGUGAUUGGACGACAGAUUGAGGAUGACGGACUGGGAGAGAUGAGCGACUGAAAACCAGGAAACAGGCCGUGUGUCCCGACAGCACCACAGACUGGACCCAGAUCAGUCUGCUCAGCCCGACCAGGACGUGAGCUGCUGUCUCUGUUGAAGCAGUUACAGAUUCACAAAACUCACUUUUUCAGGUAGACGUUGGAAGAGAAGUUCGACACACCCUCACAAUCAGUUCAGUCACCAGAGUAAACGUUCGCUGAGUACGUUUCUGAUCACGGAUCAGUUCAAGCUGGACGCUUCAUUAUGUUGCAGCUUUACAUUUGUGUAGGUUGAGUUUCAUUUUCUCUCUUGUCAGAGUGCUCUUGUUAGGUUCAGGCACAAAAACACCUUAGUUAGCAUUAAAAACAUCAUGGUUUGGUCCCAGCGUCUCCUGACAAGAUCAGAUAGUUUCAUGUUAUGAAACACAGAAACGCAGCUUCAGACAGAAACAUCAGCUGUCUGCAGGAGAGAACACAUCACGACCUGAUCUCAGACCAGAUUUAACCCUCAAUAACAUAAAAAUAACAUCUUUUCAAAUCAGGAUAAAAACUGGAUUUUCAUGUUUUGGGUGAACUUCUCCUUUAAGUUGCUGGUUGGUGGAUUAAGUUUACUUUUGAAGGCCUGGCUAGCUCUUUCCAGUCUUUAUGCUAAGCUAAGCUAACCAGCUGCUAUAUGUAGCUUCAUACUGAACAGACAUGAGUUUCCUUCGGAGGUGUUUCAGGUCCAGAUGUAACGGGUCGUAUCAGGGAGUUCUACAGAACACCAGCUGAGUUCAGCCGCUUCAUCACGUCACUGCCAAACUCAACUCAAAGUGACUCGAGGAACUUCUCAGUGUUCAUGAGACGGCUGGUGAUUCCUCUGAUGAUUAUAUAUAUAUAUGUAUAUGCAUUAUUGACGGCUGUGACAUACGACAGUCUGUUAGGAACAAAUCAAAUGUGUUUAUUGUUUUACAUGUAUUUCUUCUGUAGACUGUGGCGUUUCUCCUCUUCAUUACACAUGAUAUCCUGUUCACACAGUUUGAAACAUUUAUUAUAUCCUAUAAAAGUCAUAUAAAGUGUAAAGUGUGUAACAUGAGUCACAUAUAGAGUCACAUAUUGGUUUGAAUCCUGUAGAACACGUUCUUCACUGUUGUAGUUUCUCAUAUGUAUGAAACAUCUGUCAGUUGAUAAGAUCUUAUUUAUGAUGUUAAAUAAAUAUUUGUUGUUUAUUUGA